CGCGGUCGGAGCUGCCAAGAAAGGCUCGCCUGUGCGGCUCGGCUCUUCCCCAGCCACAGCCAGCGGGGCCAGGGUGGGGACAGGCUGCCAAGGCCAGCCCCUUUGAGAAGAGGAAGCUUUUGGAGAAAACCAGCCCUCCACAGCAGGCCGAGGCAGCGGAGACCAGGGAGCGUCACCGGCCGCGGCCCGAGGCACACACCAUGCGCGGAUGCCGCUGAUGGCCGCAGCGGGGACAGGGGACUCUCAGGAGAGGGACUUCAAAGCCAUGCCCCUGCAGCAGCCGCCCCCGGCCCUGAAAGGGGGCUGCCCCCCGGCUCUGUACAUCCACAGCAUGCCUGCCUGGGUGCUGGAGGAUUUCUGCCAGAAGAUGGACUGCCUGAGUGACUACGACUGGAUGCGGUUCGCCUCUUACGUGAUAACUGACCAAACAGAGCUACGGAAAAUCAAGUGCAUGGAGAGGACAGGGAUCAGCAUAACCCGAGAGCUGAUGUGGUGGUGGGGCGUGAGGCUGGCGACAGUGCAGCAGCUCGUGGACCUGCUGCAGGGACUGCAGCUCUACCGCGCCGCUCAGGUCAUCCUGGACUGGACAUCAGCCUCUAAUAUUACCAACUCUGAAAAAGAAGAGAAGGCAGAGCCGCCUAAACAGGAGAACAUAUCUUUAACUCCCACAGAAACCAAAACUAAAGAGAGAGAAAAUGAGAUAAGUCUGUUGCCAUCACCAGACUCUUCACUCCUGGGAGUAUCACCAGCAGUUUCAGGUGCUGUUCCUGAAGGAGCCUUGUAUUCACUCCCCUCUCCACCACCUCCCCCAAGAGACCUUUUGAAAUCCUUACAGUCAAAUCCUCCCGUCUCAUCAAGUGUGAAGCCUUGCAGCUCUUCUAGUCCUCAGCAGGAGACAAUGACCGAUCUCCCCAGCGGGAGUCUCUUGUGGACCCCGAGGGAAGUUACUAAUGCCACAAAUGGUUUCAGUGACAAGAGCAGGAUUUGUGAAGGUACUUUUGCGGAUGUCUACAAAGGUCAGAGGAACAACAUGGUGUAUGUCAUCAAAAGAUUGAAAGAGGUGGAAUGCACAAACCCAAAUUCCACCCAGAGAUUCUUUCACACAGAAGUACAGAUUUGCUUUCGGUGUUGUCAUGUCAACAUUUUGCAGCUGCUGGGUUUCUCAGUAGAAACUGGAUUGCACUGUCUGAUAUAUCCAUACCUGCCUAAUGGAUCACUGCAAAACCAGCUUCAGCCUCAAGCUGAUUCUGCUCCACUGACCUGGGAGAUGCGAAUUAGCAUCGCUGUACGACUCAUCCGAGCUGUAGAGUAUUUACAUAAUUUUGGAAUUCUUCAUGGGAAUAUCAAAAGCUCAAAUGUCUUGUUGGAUGAAAACUUUACACCAAAGCUUGGACAUUCAGGUCUGCGACUGUAUUCUGUUGAUAAAAAAUCAGAAUAUGCUGUGAUGAAAACCAAAGUCCUACAAGCUUCGCUUACUUAUCUGCCAGAAGAUUUUAUCAGACAUGGGCAGUUAACAGAAAAAGUUGAUAUAUUCAGCUGUGGUGUGGUCUUAGCAGAGAUACUGACAGGGAUUAAGGCACUGGAUGAAGGAAGACAGCCUGUCUAUCUGAAAGAUAUGAUUGCUGAUGAAAUUCAAACAGCGAAAGAAAGCUCUCACUCCAAAGUAAAAAAUUUUGAAAAGCUGGCUGCCAAGGAAAUAUGCAGUAAAUAUCUAGACAGGAGAGCAGGACACUUGCUGGAAGAGGUUGCCAUUGAUUUUGCCUCAGCCAUCUGCCUUUGUCUGAGAAAGAAGAAGAACUCUAACAUAGCAGAGGUGCUUGAAAUUAUGGAAAUGGCUGAAAACAAAUUAAGAGAGCAUUACAUCUGUGGAGGCAGCCUUUCUGGAUUCUCUAUGAAUGCUCCAGAAGAAACUGAUGAUGAGACGAUGAGUUUGAGCAUGGAUGUGCCUUCUGCGGGGGGGAAUAAAGAGGGCAGCGCCCAGCCAGCCAUCCUGAUGAGUGCCGAUCCACCCACAACUUCAGUAGCAGUUGUGUCACCCGACAUUUACUGCGGACAAAUGUCCCGGGUCCCUUGUGAAUCAGAUGAAUCGAGCAGUUUUAUAUGGAAUCCUUCAGAGAAAUCUCCAGAUGAGCUACCCAGCAUCAGCUUUAAGGAUUCAGAAACCGUGGCAGGCUCUGAGUGCAGGACGGGGCAGGUCCAGCCUGCAAAGGGCCUCCAGGAGAGGAGCGCAGCAUGCGCCAAAGCUGACACAUCCCGGGAGACGGCAUCCGCGGCAUGGAGCACCUUCCCACACAGAAACCCAGACAGCGACUCUUCCUGUUCUGCACAAGUCAGAGAGACAUCUUGGAAAAUACAGAUAAAUGAUCAAAAAAAGAAGCUCAUGGAAAAUAUUUUGCUGUAUGAAGAAGACAAAUUAAGCAGUUCUGAACUUUUUGAAUCAUAAAUUGGAUGGAUUUAUUAGCAGUGGCCAUCUCAGAAGAAGAAAUCGGGACUGUCUCUUCAUUAGAAAGAUGGUAAAAGUGUACCUUUCGUGUAAGGUUAAGUAGCAGAUCUGGAUCAGAAACAUUGGCCCUGACUGCAGAAAACAAAAGUGAUCACAGAGAAGAAACAGAAAAUACCUGCUCUAAGGCAGAUCACAGCAUGAUGCCACUCUGUAAACAGAAGUGCCUUCUUCCUUUUCAUCCGCAAUGUAAAAAGGUAUGGCAAACACAAACACUUGCCAAAAUAAUUUACGAUCCUUUUGCAGUGUACUUCAUAAAGCAUCUACAUAUAACGUAUGUCUUAUUAAAAACGACAGUCCUAAAAGCAAGAGGACAAGCGCUGCUCAGCAGUGACACUGCCCUUUGCUGUUACCCCAUCGCGUACAAGCAGACAGAAACCUUCAGAGAGACUGGAGAAGGUUUCAGUUUUCAAAUGGAUCUGUCCUAUUCCAUAUAAUCUUAGUUCACACACUCAAAAACUGCAUUACCAGAGAGGGGAAUUUUUAUGCAAGUUCUCAUAUGUAUUCUACAUGAUGCAAUCUCAGUUUGAAUUGCACUGAACAUAGUUGUAAGUAAGUAAUUUAAGCCAUGUUGGUCUACUCCAUAAGCUGCUCUACUACGUAUGACACCAUUUGAGGUCUAACCUUUACGUUUCGCUGUCAGGAGCUCUAAGACAGUGUUUAAUACUUCAUAAGACUAUUUUUGGAAGUUACUUUUUUCUAAGUGUCCUUUACGUGUUGUAAGGUUUCUCAUUAUGUUUCACAUGGUAACUGUUGUAUAUUUUGGAUUAGGGACAAGAUUUUAAUUUAAAGUAUCUUUAAUUUUAUAGGUCACUUGAAAUGGGAUUUGUUGUAUUUAUUUUGGCAAUGGGUUAAAGAAUCGGUGCAAGAUGAGCUAGUAAGGGCCCUGAUCACGGAGCCACGCUCCCCACGUGUUCUCAGAGAGGAGUCGCUGUGUGUCUCCCGGCUCACCCAGCAUUAACAGCCUUGGGCUCAGCCUCGGGGAGCACUCCUAAAAGAAAACUAACAGAAACUUGUAUGCUGUCAUAUUUAUUAUCAAGUGAAGGCCCCCUUAAGAAACUGUCACUUUUAUUGUUAUGACUAUUUGUUAUUUGUAAUAUUGCUAGCAUAUUCCACUUUUGCGCAGUCUAAGGAACUACAGGUUAAUUACAAACAAGAAGAGCCACCUGAACACACAGCUCAGGUUCCAGACAGGUGUCUGCUGCCUCCUUCGCACAAGCAAUAGGGCCUGAUGUAUGCAAAUGGCUGAAAUUCACAAUAGAGUUCAGGGAAUAUUUUGGAAAAAUACAAAUUUAUACAUAAUUCUUUUCAUUGGAAUUGUGUAAUGGUAUAGUUUUCCUAGCUUUACAUGAAGGUCUCUGAGUAAGGCCUCAUAUCUUCUAUAUUUGUACAGUACCUGGUUCAUUGUGGGUACUAUUAGGAGCAAGUAAAAGUAUUUUAACUAAAGAGCUGAGUAUUAGAAUCAUCUACACAUUUAUCAAUCAAAUUUAUUUCUACACUAAAAACUGGUGAAAACCCUUAAUUAAAAGUGCCUUGGAUACUGGCUAUGUAUUUGCCAGUGUCAGGUUUUUUAUUUUACCAGAAUCAAACCAAGAAGACAUUGGUACCGACAUAAGAAACAUUGAGUGUAUUCAGAUUGGUCAACAGCUGCUUAAUUAUACAUGAGAUUUAAUUGAGCUACUUUAUGGUGCUGAAACUUUAACAUUAAUUGUUUUUCAUGGGUAUAUUUUGGGAGAUCCAUGCUAAAUACCUGGGUCUCCUCCAGGAGGACAUGCACACGGGCACUCCCCAGAGCUGAAUGGAAACCAGAAGUUUUAUAGAUUGAGGAACAGAAUUUAGACACAGUUCUGUUUCACACAAAUGCUUUACAGGUUUUAUUCUUCUGUAGUCACAAAAGGAAACUGUUAUUCUUUGCCUUCUUCCAUGUUCAUUCUAAAAUUUCCAGAGGUGAUCUACAUGGUCUCGUAGAGUUACACUGGUCUCUAAUGUAACAUAGACGAGACACCGCGUGGUCUUGCAAUAAUGGUACUCUACUACAGCACUUGGCUAUUCAGUAUAAAGUAUCUUUUAAUCUCAACUUGGCAAAUUUAUACAUUACUGUUUACUAAUACCUUUGUGAAUAAAA